UGCAUGUACAUGGGACAACAAGUGCAAAACGUUUUUGAGUGCUCCACCUGAGUGGCCGGAACAUUUUGGUUUGGAUAUUGUAGUCAAGCUUGUCGGCUACAAUGUAGAAUGGCUGCGGCAGAAGAUUCCUCGGGUCACUGGCCAAGAAAUGUUGGAAUAUUAGGUCUAGAAAUUUACUUCCCAAGGCAGUAUGUGUCUCAGGAAGAAUUGGAAAGUGCUGAUGGUGUAAGCACUGGGAAAUAUACAAUUGGGCUAGAACAAUGUAAAAUGGGAUUCUGCUCGGACCGAGAGGAUAUACAGUCUAUUUGCCUUACUGUAGUGAGCACGCUGUUCCGACGGUACGGAUUAUCUCCCAAUCAAGUAGGCCGAUUGGAAGUAGGCACAGAGACCAUCUUGGACAAGUCCAAAUCAGUGAAAAGUGUCCUAAUGCAGCUAUUUGCGGAGUGUGGCAACCAUAGCGUGGAAGGCCUGGACACCACUAAUGCAUGCUACGGAGGAACAGCAGCAGUAUUCAACUCCAUCAACUGGAUGGAGAGCAGCUCUUGGGAUGGACGUCUUGCUGUGGUGGUGGCUGCUGAUAUUGCAGUGUACGCCGCAGGGCCUGCACGUCCCACCGGUGGUGCUGGUGCUGUUGCCAUGCUCAUAGGCCCUAAUGCUCCGCUGGUGUUUGAGCGAGGCAUGCGUGGUACCUAUAUGGCACAUUCAUAUGACUUCUACAAGCCAAACCUAUCAUCAGAGUACCCCACAGUGGAUGGGGCAAAGACUCUGUCGUGCUAUCUGGAAGCACUCGACAAAUCAUAUGAAGACUUCUGCAAGAAAUCAAAGCACGCCCUUGGAGAGGAGUUUUCUCUGGACAAGGCUGAUUUUAUUCUCUUCCACUCCCCAUUCACAAAGAUGGUGAGGAAAUCACUGGGUAGACUUCUGUUCAACGACAUUGCGCGGUUUCCUGAGAUGCUUGAACGUCAACCAGAGUUACAGUCACUUGUUGGUCGUACACUGAGUGACACGGUUGGAGAUCGUACUGUUGAGCAACUCCUUGUCAAGUCUACCACUGCCAUGUGGAAUGAAAAGACUGAACUAUCGACCCUCACUGGCCGAAACAUCGGCAACAUGUACACUGCUUCAUUGUACGGCUGUCUGGCAUCCCUGCUCGCACAGAAACCUGCUGGAGAGCUCAAAGGCCGCCGCUUGCUAAUGUAUUCCUAUGGAUCGGGUUUGGCUGCAUCUAUGUUCUCCAUCCAGUGCCGUGGGGCACCCGAUGCAGCCGUAACCCUAGAUGCUCUCUGUGAGAGCCUCUCGGCGCUUCCCAAGCGUCUGUUAUCACGCGAACGUGUUACUCCUGAACAAUAUCGGGCGGUGAUGGACUUGCGGCAGGAGAAACACCAUGCUGCACCAUAUGAACCCGUUACCGAUGUUGCCACUUUGUGGCCUGGUACGUACUAUAUUGAGAGUAUCGACGACAUGCAUCGUCGUGUUUAUAGUGUUCAUGACAAGAGUGGAUUCAAAGGCGAACAGGGGCAUGUGCCGAAUAAUCUCACUGUGCCAAAUGGCCAUUAGCUAUUGUGCCUUUAACUGAGUGGACAUUUGCACAUACAGUAGUAGAUUCAAAUAAUAUUUGAAAUCUUCUUUGAGGUAGAUCUACUAAUCCGUUUGAGCUAAAUCAUCCUUGAUGAAACUUUACUUCUGAAGUAAUCAUGAAACACAUUGGAUAUGUAUUCUAUAUGCCUGCUCUUGUCGUCUUCUCUCUCUUUUUUUUAUACUGUUGUCUUUCUCUGCCCGUAUAAUGUUUUAGUCACUGCGUCUUGUUUCUCUGCCGCUGUGGACAUUGCUAAUGCUAUCUGACACUUUCAUUCAUGGAGUAGUAAAGUACCUGCUAUUUUACUACUCCCUGCUUUCGAUCAA